AGCUUCAAUAAGCAAGAAAUGAAAUAAAUCGAGCAAAGGGCUUCGUGUGAGCAAGAAAUAACCGUAAAAAGUGAAAAAAAAACAAAAGCAAGGUGAAAGGAGCUAUAAGCAACUGAGCUUUCUCCAUAGCACGGUCGGUCGCAGCGCUGUCUGUCUUCUCUCUCACAGCUUUCUUCUUCCUUUUCACAAAACCCUAAUCAUCAUCUCUCGCAAUUCGACGAAGAAGAAAGGGGGAAAAUGGGGACAAUGGGAAGAGCAGUAUACACAGUCGGAUUCUGGAUCAGAGAAACUGGUCAAGCACUUGAUCGUCUCGGUUGUCGUCUUCAGGGAAAUUACCACUUCCGAGAACAAUUGUCACGGCAUCGAACUCUAAUGAACGUAUUUGACAAGAAGCCUUUCGUGAACAAGGAAGCAUUUGUUGCACCAAGCGCAUCAAUCAUUGGAGAUGUUCAGGUUGGACAUCGUUCCUCAAUUUGGUAUGGAUGUGUUUUGAGAGGUGAUGUGAACUACAUUAGUAUUGGGUCUGGGACUAAUAUUCAAGAUAAUUCUCUCGUUCAUGUGGCGAAAACCAAUCAAUCUGGGAAAGUACUGCCGACUAUUAUUGGAGACAAUGUUACUGUGGGUCAUAGUGCGGUAUUACAUGGCUGCACUGUUGAGGAUGAGGCCUUUAUUGGUACGGGUGCUACUUUGCUCGAUGGUGUUGUAGUUGAGAAGCACGCCAUGGUUGCAGCUGGAUCUCUUGUACGACAGAAUACAAGGAUACCUUGUGGGGAGGUUUGGGCAGGAAACCCUGCAAAAUUUUUGAGGAAGCUCACAGAAGAAGAGAUGGCUUUCAUUUCUCAGUCAGCCAAUAAUUAUUCUAACCUAGCACAGGUUCAUGCAGCCGAAAAUGAGAAGAGCAUUGAUGAGGUUGAAUUCAAAAAGGUGCUUCAUAAGAAAUACAACCUCAAGAAUGAGGAUUACAGCUCAAUGCUAGAUGCUGUUCGUGAAACUUCACCAGAGCUUGUCCCUGACAGCACUGCCAGAUAAGUCAGCUAUAAGGGUUUUUCUAAUUGGGAGCCCUUCCCAGGCUAAUUGCCAUUUUGGAUUGUGUUGUUACCAGGUGACUUUGGUUAUCCCCAAUUUUGGGCAGUCUGCUUUCCUAUUUCAAAUAGUAUAAAAAUGUUGGCUGAUUUAAUGGCCAAGACACAGCAAAUCUUGAGUCUUGCAUACCUCAGAAUCUUAGCAUCUACCUUUGACGAUGUUAUGACAAUGAACUUAGGUGUCAAAUAAUCUUCGACCCUUCAUAGCUACCUUUGUUUCAAAUAUGGCAGAACAAAAAAAAAAAAAAACUGUAAUGAGGUUGAGUGUAGCUUUCUUCAAUGGUUGAUGAAGAAAAAUUAGAGGCAGGAAAACAUUGAAAAGUGUACUAUGGAGAAAAGUUUAGCUUUCUUUUCCUAUGCUUACUAUUUGUUAUUCUCCUUUUGCGUGCAAAAAUUAAGGUUACUUUCUUAAUAGUGAUUUGCAUUAUUGUGAUAAAGUCAUCUUUUGUGUGGUGGUGAAUAAUAAUAAUACUAGGCUUUGUUGCAUUUGCAUAUUA